GUUCUAGAGAGAGAAGCCAAAAACACACACGUUUCUAGUGAGAGAAACAAGAGAAAUGUGGCUUCUACUUCUGGGACUGCUUUAUCUGCAAACUCACCAAAUAAAUAAACUUAAAACCAAAUUCUUUUUAGAGAGAGAGAAAUUAAUAGAGUUGUAUGAUAGUUGAUUUUGGUAGUGAAAGUCGUCUUGGGUUUGCAGAGAAAGAUGGGAAGGCUUAAAAUAGGGUUUGUCUUUUGCCUCUUUUGCAUUCAAUUCCUUCUCCCCAUGUUUUGUAUCCUCCCCCAUCAUAUCCGCUCUCUUUCAAUUACUCCAUAACCGCCUCUCUCUUUGUCUGUAUCUACACUAUGCUCAUCUCCAAUUUCUCUAUAAAAUGAGAUCACCAUUCUAGCUUCAAACCUUAAUCUCAUUUCUCUCUCUCUCUCUCUCAUGGCUUCUAACAAAGUCAGCAGCAGCAGCAGCGACCAUCAUCACUCUACACAAUUAGUUCAACAUCAUGAGAUGCAGCACAAUGAUCAAAUCAAUCAUCAUCAAAAUAAUAAUCACAUGAUGUUUUCGUUUGGGAUGAUGCAAUCAUCCUCAUCAUCCAUACCCGUACCCUUCAAUAUAAGCAAAGAAUCUGGCGCUUACGACUUAGGCGACUUGGAUCAAGCUCUCUUUCUAUACCUCGACGGCCAAGAUCACUCUGCAGCUCAAGACCAACGACAGAAUUCUGGGAUGAGGCCACACACUCUAAACAUUUUCCCCUCUGAGCCCAUGCAUGUAGAGCCAUCACCAAAGGGAGGCAGUGGUUCGAAGAAAUUAUCUGAGCCAUCUAACCCUAGAAAUGAUGUUCAAGAACCGGCCAAAGUAGUUAAGCGUGAGGGAAACCGUAAAGGGCCUACCUCAAGUUCAGAGCAAGAUGGUCCAAAAACACCUGAUCCAAAGACUUUAAGGAGGCUUGCUCAGAAUAGAGAAGCAGCUAGGAAAAGCAGGCUUAGGAAAAAGGCUUAUGUUCAGCAGCUGGAGACAAGUAGAAUGAAGCUUACUCAAUUAGAACAUGAAAUCCAAAGAGCUAGAGCACAGGGAUUUUUCUUAGGUGGAAAUGCUAAUGCAGCAGGAGAGCAAGGCCUUCCUUGUACCAACAUAACUUCAGAUGCCGCGUGGUUCGACAUGGAGUAUGCACGGUGGCUGGAGGAGCACCACCGCCUGACGGUGGAACUGAGGAGUGCCGUCCACGAGCACCGGCCGGAAGACGAGCUCGGCAUUCUGAUAGACAACUGCCUAGCACACUACGAUCAGAUCAUCAGCCUCAAGAACGUGAUCGUCAAGUCGGACGUCUUCCACAUCGUCUCCGGCAUGUGGCGGACCCCAGCGGAGCGCUGCUUCUUGUGGAUUGGCGGUUUCCGGCCGUCGGAGCUCAUUAAGAUAAUCUUGAACCAGGUGGAGCCAUUGACGGAGCAGCAAAUGGUGGGGAUAUAUGGACUGCAGCAAUCAACACAGGAAGCAGAAGAGGCUCUCACUCAUGGGCUGGACGCAUUGAAUCAAUCUCUCACUGAAACCAUAGUUUGCGACACUCUCACUCUUCCACCAAACAUGAACACAUACAUGGCGCAGAUGGCUGUCGCCAUUAACAAACUCACAACUCUCGAGGGUUUUGUUACACAGGUAAGCCGUAUAAAAUUCGGGCAACACAUUUUCCUUUGAACAAGGUAUAAUUUUGUACUUAAAAAGAGGGUGAUAUAAAUUUAUACCACCUUAUAUAAAGAGUGAUAAAUAUAUUAACAUUUAAAACAAACAAAAUAUAAAAAAUAUGGUUCAUACCUUAUGAUAUUAUUCUUCUAUUUAGAUGGAUAAAAAGCAAAGACACUCUUAAUAUAUAAAGUAAUUUGCGCCCCUUAUGAGAUUUGAACCCAAGACCACGAGCCACGGCAGUUGCUUUAUAGGUCACUAUAAUAAAUUUGUAGGUUAAAUGCAACCGUUUCUUAGUUUUUACAUUAUACUACUCCUUCCAUCUCACGAAUCUUGACACAUUUGGGUUCGGCACGGGAAUUAAGGAAUUGUAGAUUAGUGUUUUAAGUGUGUAGGUAAUAAAGUAUAAAAGUGAUAAAGUAGGAAAGAGAAUGUAAUAAAGUGAUAAAGUAGGAGAGAGAAUGUAAUUAAGAAAAAGGAUUAAUUAUUACCUUAUUUGGAAAUAUGUCAAGAUUCGUGAGACGGCCCAAAAAAAAAAUACGUGUCAAAAUUCGUGGGACAGAGGGAGUAUAAGAUUUUUAUUUUAUUCUAAUUCUCUCUAUAUAUGUAUGUAGAUACGACGUAAUAUGCAUGUCUCUUUUUUUUUUUUCAUGUCUCUUGAAAUGUUGUUGAUGUAAAUGUGGCUUAAUUAGCAUUAAAAAAAAAAGGUGUGGCUAAACUAGGGCAUCAUAAUGAAUUAAUGAUGUAUGCAUCAUAUCGUUGCAUGCAUGCAUAUAAAAAUUAAUGUUGCUUUGUUUCAAUGUGUAUGUGCGUGUAUUUAUGUUCAUAUAUUCUAACACAGGAUCCUCCGAAAACGAAAUUCAGCGAAGCUCUAGAAUU